AUGUCGGCUGGCAUCUCGCGCCGGCGUUUCCUCAUGUCUCCGGACGAUGAUUCGCCUGCCACCGGCGUGGUGUUUAGGUCGAUGUUCACCGAUACAGGGCUUUUUUGUAAAAUCACCUUGGUGGGUUUUCCUACGGUAGCGAUAGCCUCUUUGUUAUUAACUAGCAAAAGGCUUGGCGCGGAGUUCGUCGGCACGUUCAUCCUCAUCUUCUUCGCGACGACGGCGCCGAUCGUGAACCAGAAGUACGGCGGCGUGAUCUCGCCGUUUCGGAACGCGGCGUACGCGGGCCUGGCGGUGACGACCAUCAUCUUGUCGACGGGCCACAUCUUGGGCGCGCACCUGAACCUGUCCCUGACCAUCGCCUUCACGGCGUUCUGCCACUUCCCUUGGCUCCAGGUCCCGGCAUACGUGACCGUCCAGGUGCUGGGCUCCAUCCGCGCCGGGUUCGCGCUCAAGGGCGUCUUCCACCCGUUCCUCUCCGGCGGGGUCACCGUCCCCGACGUGGCCAUCUCCACCGCCCAGGCCCUCUUCACCGAGUUCAUCAUCACCUUCAACUUCCUCUUCGUCGUCACCGUCGUGGCCACCGACACCCGCGUGGUGGGCGAGCUCGCCGGGAUCGCGGUGGGAGCCGCCGUGACGCUCAACAUCGUCGUGGCCGGGCCGACGACGGGAGGGUCGAUGAACCCGGUGAGGACGCUGGGGCAGGCGGUGGCGGCGGGGAACUACAGACAGCUGUGGAUAUACGUGGUGGCGCCGACCCUGGGCGCGGUGUGCGGCGCCGGCAUGUACAAGCUGGUCAAGCUCAGGGACGUCAACGACGAGACGCCGCGCCCGCAGCGCAGCUUCCGACGUUGA